GCGACGCUAGAACGCUCGGUCUCCUAAAAAGAGGGGCGGGGUUUAGAACACUCUGGCUCACAGCGGAGUGGAGACCGCUUCCCGGCAAGGGUUGCCAUUGGGAGGCCGAAGCCCUUGGGCGGGAGGUGAUUGGCGUAGGCUAGAUCAGAGGGUGGGCUCAAAGGGAGAGCCGCGGUGGAAGCAGUUCCUCCCUUCCCCCCUCCCUUCCCCAUGUCAACAAGCGGGGCGCCUGCGCCGGCGGUUUGCGCGUCUUUUCCUCUCAUGCGCGGUAUUUGCUUCCCGAGCAGGGCCCGGGGUUUGGCCUAGAGCCGUUGGGGGCGCAGCGGCGGCGGCGGCGGCUCAGCGAGCGGGACGGACGGACGGAGCCUUCCGGCUCUCCGGCCGCCGGACUGGCGCCCCGUUGGGCGUUCAGGAUGGCGGAAGAUUCGCCCAAGCGGCGCAAGGCCAAUUUUAACGAGGCGGAGACGGAGGUGCUGAUCGAGCAGGUGCUGAAGCACGAGCAGGUGCUCUUCGCGGCCGGGCCGGGCCGAGCCUCCCCGGGCCAGAAGCGCAAAGUCUGGGAGCUGAUCCGGCACAAGGUGAACCCGGUGGCCGCCUGCCCCCGCGAGGUGGAAGACCUCAAGAAGCGCUGGCGGGACCUGAAGCGCCGCGACCGGAGCAAGCUCUGCCGCCUCACCCAAGGCCCCGGCGGGCCCUUCCCUCACCCGGCGACGCUCGCCCUCCUGAUGGCCAACGGAGAGGAGAUCUCGCCGCCCCCGCCGCCGUCGCUGCCGCCGCUGGACCACCUCCGACCUUACCCCUCGGGGCUGCCGGCGGCCAGCGAGGCUUUGCCCAUCGUCGGAGGAAUAGACACGCUGGAUUUGCCCGGAGCCUCCUCUGUGCCAGAGAUCGGUUUUACAGAUGACCCUGGCCCAUCCCACCAACCGUGUGCGGAGAAGAUCAGUCUAAAGGAAGAAAUAGUGGUGAAGGUAGUGGAGCCAGAGGAGAGCUCAGAGGACAUGGCUGUCGUUCCUCCUAGCCAAGAACAGCUACCCUUUUCGGCGUUACAGAAUGGAGGUCCUUGUGGAAAAGUAAAAGCCAAAACAAAAACUCAGCCCCAAACAGACCCUAGUGAAAUUACAGAAGAAGAUCUAUUGCAGAUCCAGCAAAACCAGCUGCACGCUAUCCAGGCUGGCUUUGAUAGUAUCAACCAUAAUCUUCGGUUGCUGCAGCAAGGAAUGCAAGAUCUCAACAAUAGCCUCAGUGUCAUGGCGCAUACAUUAGUGACAAUCAAAAAUGUCUAUGUGAAGAACAAUGCUGGCCCUACCACUUUUGCUAAUGUCACUACUCAGACCACAUCAGGAUACCUCAGCCCUGGCUCCCCGCUGGUUGAGGACAGGGUUAGAGUACCAGUGGCUGGAAGUAGUAGUAGAAGCAGCAGCUGCAGCUCCAGCUCUCUAUCACAAGAGCCAGGUCCUUCAGAAUUUCCAAGGCCACCCCACAGACCUAUUAAGAAGGAACAUCCAAAUGGGUGCUAUUACUUUUGUUUCGCAGACGUAUAAGACUACUGUAGCUUUUGAGAUGGGGCUGGUUUGUACCCUGCUCUGGUAACAUAUCAUGACAGAACAUAUAUAUCUGGCUGCCCUCCUAUAAUGCUAAAUUUAUAAAAUCUCCCCUCCCCUCACACACAGGCAAGACUGCAGAAGCCUUGCAUUGUGGGAGGUGAAACACAACAAAACACUGAAACAAAUGUUGAAGUACAGGAUAAACACAAAUAAAUGCAACUUUUAGAAACCAGUCUUAUUUAUGUUUGUAUGGAAGGAAAUCCCACUGCCAUCCAGAUGGGGUUCACCCAAAAGCAAUAGUGCACUGGGUUGUUCUGGUAGUAAUCCAACAGCUUCUCGAAUUGGGAAUUGCCUCUUACAUAGUGCCUCCCCUGCUGUCUCUCUUGUUGGAAAGACAAAAGAGAUUUGAUCCAUCUUUAUAUGCCUGGUAUUGAUUUGAUCUUUUAAAACAAAGCAGUAUGAAAAGGUAGCAGAAACCUUAUUGUGUCUAGUGCAGGAUCUGUUAUUCAGGCUGUUUUAUUUUUGUAGCAAUCCAAACUGAAGAUUUGGAAGAAAUUGAGUACUUGAUUGUGCAUUGUUUUUUUUAAAAGGAAAAAAAGUUGCCUAUUGCUAAUUCUGUUACAGAGCAUGUGAAGUUUAUCUGCUGUAUUGCUGGGAGUGAACCAGGGUACUGAGGUGCAAGCCAAGAGCUUGUAUGUUUUCCUAGAUAGCUCUUUGUUGUUGCUCAUACCCAGGUCCUCUGUCUUCCCUGGAGGGGAAAAACUGCUCAGAGUAUCUAGUAGUUGGGAGGCUGCGUUUUACUGCAUAAUUAAAAAAUAUUUGCCCUCUGAAAA